AUGCCCCUCAUCACAUCUGUGCUAAUAUAUUUUAGGGUAUGGCUGGAACUGCGAUCUGUAUUUGAUCGUCUCUCUGUAGACCCUUCUGUUCGCGCGGUGGUAUUUUCAGGAUCCGGCGAAAAAGCAUUUUCCGUCGGCAUAGAUCUUAAAUGGGUUGCCAAGGAAGGUUCACCCUUCGUUCCGCGGCCAGAGGAGUACGCGGACCCCGCCAGACGAGCAGCUGCCCUUCGACGGUUCGGAAUCGAGUUUCAGGAUUGUAUCACGAGUAUUGAGAAGUGUGAGAAACCUGUCAUCUGUGUGCUGCAUGGCUUUGCGCUCGGAGUGACAGCCGACAUCUGCUCGGCUGCCGAUAUUCGCAUAUGCUCCAAAGACACGGUCUUCUGCGUGAAAGAGGUCGACCUCGGCAUCGCCUCUGAUAUUGGGAUUCUGGCGCGUCUACCCAAGGUCGUAGGCUCGUAUACCUGGGUCAAGGAAGUAGCCAUGACGGGCAGGAAUUUCGGCGCGGAUGAGGCCUACCGUGUUGGAUUUGUGGGCAGCGUCCUCCCGACAAAGCAAGAUGCUCUUGUGGAAGCAUUCAGGGUCGCGAGAAGCCUGGGCGGAAAGAGCCCGGUGGCCGUGCAGGCGGUCAAACAUUUCCUGGAUUACAGUCGAGGUCGCACUGUUGCAGAAGGGCUUCAGUACCAGCUGGCUUAUAAUACGGCAGUGGUUCAAACAAAGGACGUUCCUGACGCUAUCAAGGCGUUAAUGUCGAAGAAGGCACCGACAUUCGAGAAGCUCUAG